GUACAACUCAGCUGUACAGCCCCGCCUUUACGCCUAAAUGUUAACAUAUCAGUGAUCACAUCAAGAUGUUUGUCUUUCUAAUGAGUAAAUCGUUUCCGACGCAGUUCCGUUAGCUCAACAGCUGCCGUUGUUGUCAAAACGGACCGUUUAGCUUUAGCCUUCAUGGCAGAAGAGAUUCUGCUGUAGACCCAUUUAAAAGAGGUGACAGUUCGUUAGCUUUAGCUGUGAGUAACGGCUGGAACGUUAUGCCGUGACGUUUGACGAGUAAGUUUGAAGUCGCCUGGGCUUUGUCCCUGGAGUUCCAUAGUUAAUAUUGACGUACAUUUAUGGCAAGACAAACACACCCGGAUAAGACUUGAAAACCCACAGGUUGGGGAUUUACGGAGCCCUCUGGCUGAUUUGUUGGACCCUUAGCUUGGAAGCUAAUUUGGCGUUAGCAUGGCGUCAGAUACAAGCGACACCGAGGAGUUUUUUGAUGCUCCUGAAGACGUAACUUUUACACCAUCUCCAAAAGAGUCGCCUGCGAAGUUGGCCUAUCCUACAGCCCAGCAGAUCUCACAAGGUGCAGGUAAUGCUGCGGCGCAGGAUGUUGCAUGUGCCGCAUCUGAAACUCAGCAAGAUGAUUCCUUGCAGAUCAUCGACAGCAUCAUUGAGGAGAGUCAGAAAGGAGAUGUUGGAGAGGUAGUUCAGCUCUUAGAUCAUCUCCACGUUGAUUUGAGAGCAGAGGCGGAGCCAAGGCAACAGCAGAACUCUGAAGGAGUGGAGCAGGAAACACCGGCUUCUGCACCAGAACUCGCCAGUAGGCCAGAGGAACCGGAGAAAGGCGCAGCAGCAAAUGGAGAACACUCUUCCCCUGCUCCUGAAGCCGUGGAUGCUCUGGGACCAUCGGAUGGAUCUCAGGAGCAAGUUCAGCCUCCAGACAUCACCAGAACUAUUGGACAGAGUCAGCCUGAUGGGGCUGGUGUGCCUGCUGAAGGUGUGCGGGACUGCAGACCUGCAGACAUCUUAGACCAGGUUCCUAUGACGGACAGACCAGCACAGUCCGACUCGCCAGGGCCGAUGAAGCCUCCACGGCAGUUCACAGUAGAACCAGAUAUUGUGGCCAGCACUAAGAAGCCUCCUCCCUCACGGCCGCCCCCUCCCGGCGUGGUCCCUCCACGGAGGCCGCCUCCUCCGGCCUGGCCGAGCUUACCGUCCAAAAAGUCACAGGAAAGCUUAAGGCCCAGUGGGUUAGAAGUUUUUGCAGUGGGUUCAGGCAGUUCUGGCUCUCUGGAGCCGUCUGGCCUGGUGUCUCCUUGCAGCACAGGAAAGAGUUUAAGUAAAGAGCUGCAGCAUUCCUUGGAUUUGGCGAGCGCCACCAGUGGGGACAAAGUGGUGACGGCGCAGGAAAAUGAAGAUGAGCAGGCAUCAUCGCAGGGUGGAGGACAGACCCCUGGCCCCCAGCGUCCACGCUCCAACUCUGGAAGAGAACUGACAGAUGAAGAAAUCUUAGCAAGUGUGAUGAUCAAGAAUUUAGACACGGGGGAGGAGAUCCCGCUCAUUCAGGCAGAAGAGAAACUUCCUGCAGGGAUCAACCCCCUCACUCUGCACAUCAUGAGAAGGACCAAAGAGUACAUCACGAAUGAUGCAGCUCAGUCAGAUGAUGACGAUAAGUCACAGACUCAGCUGACCGAAGCCGAUGGAGGAAAGCUGAAACAGAGAACAACUCAGUUGAAAAAAUUCUUUGGGAAAUCUGUGAAGAGGGCCAAGCAUCUCGCUGAAGAGUAUGGAGAGAAGGCUGUCAACAAAGUGAAGAGCGUGCGGGAUGAAGUGUUCCACACAGAUCAGGAUGACCAGUCGUCCAGUGAUGACGAGGGUAUGCCUUACACGCGGCCCGCCAAGUUCAAGGCAGCCCAUGGCUUCAAGGGCCCUUUUGACUUUGAUCACAUCAAAGUUGUGCAGGACUUAAGCGGAGAGCACACGGGGGCUGUUUGGACCAUGAAGUUCUCUCACUGUGGGCGACUGUUAGCAAGUGCGGGCCAAGAUAACAUCGUCCGCAUCUGGGUCCUGAAAACUGCAUUUGACUAUUUCAACAACAUGAGAAUAAAGUACAACACUGAAGGUCGAGUUUCUCCUUCCCCCUCUCAGGAAAGUUUAUGUUCAUCUAAGUCUGACACUGAUCCAGGGGCAAGUUGUUUUCCCGAGGACCCAGAUAGUGAAGACAGAAAUGCUCCUUUUCGACAAAUACCUUUCUGCAAAUACAAAGGCCACACGGCUGAUCUGCUGGACCUCUCCUGGUCCAAGAACUUUUUCCUGCUGUCCUCCUCCAUGGAUAAAACAGUCAGGUUAUGGCACAUAUCCAGGAGGGAGUGCCUGUGCUGCUUCCAGCACAUUGAUUUUGUCACAGCCAUCGCUUUCCACCCCAGGGAUGACAGAUACUUUUUAAGUGGCUCCCUGGAUGGAAAACUUCGCCUUUGGAACAUUCCGGACAAAAAAGUUGCAUUGUGGAAUGAAGUAGACGGGCAGACUCGACUCAUCACGGCUGCUAACUUCUGUCAAAAUGGGAAAUACGCCGUCAUUGGCACCUAUGAUGGCCGAUGCAUCUUCUAUGACACAGAGCGUCUAAAAUACCAUACUCAAAUCCAUGUGAGAUCCACCAGAGGCAGGAACAGAGUCGGACGCAAAAUAACAGGAAUUGAACCUUUGCCAGGAGAAAACAAGAUUUUGGUGACUUCGAACGAUUCCCGCAUUCGCCUGUAUGACCUGAGGGAUUUGUCUUUGUCCAUGAAGUACAAGGGUUGCGUCAACAGCAGCAGCCAAAUUAAGGCCAGCUUCAGCCAUGACUACUCCUUCAUCGUCAGCGGCUCAGAGGAUAAAUAUGUGUACGUCUGGAGCACCUACCACGACCUGAGCAAAUUCACAUCUGUACGGCGGGACCGCAAUGACUUCUGGGAAGGGAUUAAAGCACACAAUGCAGUGGUCACUUCUGCCAUAUUUGCCCCCCAUCCAAACCUCAUAGUUCCACAGGAAGCUGGAGCAGAGAAGCCAGAAGCAGACAGCAAGAGCCUGGACUCCACAGACUCUGAAACCAUACCGUCAGGAGCACUAAAGACGGAUCACACGGAGGUUCUUCUGUCUGCUGAUUUCACUGGAGCCAUCAAGGUUUUCAUCAAUGUGAAGAAGUACUGAGCACUUGGGAGGUCUGAUCUCCUCAGAUGACGUCCUGUUGAAUUGAGAGUACUUUGUCGGGAGUCUUCUAUGAUCAUCCAUUUAUCUAACGGUUAUUGUUCAAAGGAAAUGGAUGGGAGAAACAGACUCAUUUAUAUAGCUAGAGGUGGGACGCCUCGUUUCUGUUUCUAUUUUUUAUCUUUCAUACCAGGUGACUGUGAAUAAUUUUGCUUUUAGAUAUCCAGAGAUGCCAUGUAAGCAGUUCUAUUCACAUAAGUGAACAUUUAUGCAGUGGCGGGAAGGCCUGCUGCAUUUUGGGCACCUUACUUGUUUCUUUGGCUUUCACAUUUCAGCAAAACAGUUUCAAAGAAUCAAAAUCCCCCCCAAAUAUUUUAAAAACAUUUCAUUUAAAGCUGUUUAAAACUGACAUGAAAUCUCUAAAGUAUUUUGCCUUCAAAUUCUAUUUUUUUUAACUGCUUCUGAGGCUUUCCUUUAAAAUAUUUCAUCAGAUGUGGAUGCAGUUAAUUAUUAUCGGGGCUGUUUUUUUUUCUUUUUCUUCCAGAAAUACUACUGGCUCUUAAAGUACUUCACAUGACUUUCUCCUAAAGCACAUUUCAUGACAUUUACUGAUUUUUGUAAGCACAAAAAUAUGUUCUAGUACUUUGCUCAAUUAAAAAAAACAUCCACAAAAACUA